GGUUGGUGGUGUUUAGUGCUGCCACUACUUGGCCUGCGCUCGGGGAUUUACUUCAGCGGGCUCUCAAAACUUCAACUGGUGCCUGUGGUCCUCUGGAGUUCAAGGCUGCUGCAGUGGCCACCUGCGCGCGUCUUGCCCCUCGCCAGCCCCCUGCAACUCAACUCUCAUCGCCGCACGGUCAUUAUUGAUGUGGGUAUUUUGGCAAAUCAAGUCCAUACUAGUAAGGCACUGGAGCGGGUAUAUGAGAUUUUGACCAGCCUUCCUGGUCGUGGCUUGCAAGUGCAGCCUUGAGCAAUCCUUCUCCAAUCUGCGCAUUUCACGAGCCUGUUUCACCUGUCACAUCCGUCCAGCUGGGCCGCCUGCGAAGAAUCUGUGUCGAAAAGGCAGUGACAUGGUGGCGGACACGCACAGAGCACCACGCCGCGAGGCCAGGCCAGGCCACCGCAUCUACUCACUCAGCUCCCGUACGAUCCCAGCUGGCCGCGCCUUACUUCAGUAUCUGCUCCAAUACCAGCCUUGCGGGCAAUGUCCUCCCCAGCCAGAUCCUCUCGCGUCCGGUACCUGGCCAUUUCGUGGAUAUGGAAGGGCCGCCUCGGGCCUCUUGAAGGCAAUGAAUGGUCUCUCAACCCGGUCCUUUGGCUGCAAGGCCCCGCUGGAUUGGUGAAGACUGGGUAUGGGGAAGAAGUUGUGAAACUUAUGGCGCUGCUCUUUGAAAAGGACGAAAUGUCCUUGCCCCUACGGGUCUUUGAUCCCCUGGUGCAAAUUGUGUUGACAGAAACCUGGAGAACCUCGACUCGAGAGGAUGGUGACGACGACAUAUUCAGGAGUAAGGACAAAAGCUCAGAGUUUUCAAACUUUUAAUCUGUUGUCUCCUCAAUUCACAACCUAUCAUAACUACCUGUCCCUUACUGUCUGGUGGCGACAUGCAGGCGAGUAGAUGCAGCGCAACCACGGAGUUUUAAAUCAGCCCGGCCCAGGAGAGCCGUCUGAAAAUUUCAGAGUCGAUAAGGACACGAAUGCGCCCCUCGUUGCUCAGUGUCACUCUCAUUCAUUACCACGCUCGUUACACCCCGCUCGCUGGCCACAUCACUUUGCGGUGUAUUGCGCUGUUCCUGUUAACCCUACCUCAAAAAGCUUCAGUCGAAGCGACUUCCUAUUCCAAUUGGCUUAGCAGUCGACUGCGAGACUUGACGUUCGAAACCACAUGCCCUUGUCUCAGCGUCAUGGGGCUUCGAAUCCCGUUUGCUUUUCGUGGUGGCUUCUCCGGCAAGAGAAGAGCAUUGACUGUGGUCCAUAGACCGACCGACCUCCUGAAGGGCUCGUCGGCCUAGAUUGGUGUUACGAUUCAACCUCCAGCAACCGCGGACGCCGCUUCUGUUGAGUCAUCUGCGGUUGCAACCUGAAUGCUGUUCUCUGGCAAACUCGCUGCAGGUCAUGACAUGAUCCGAGGAGACAUUGCCCCAGAAUAACCAACCCAUCCUGACCAGGCUGAUUGAAGCUGCCAGCUGCACGCAGGGCAACACUGCUGGAGGCCGGGCCAUGUGUUGAGCACGGCAUUCCCGAGACCUGAACCACCCUGCCGCUAUGGCGGAGGAGUUUCUACAGACCCUUUGCCACAGGAUUACCUGGAAUAUCCCAGGCCCCCAUGAAUAAGGAAUCGCAGACGUACCAUGGGCAGUACUAACCAUCAGCCACCACACCAACUUGAACCUACAUGCAAUCUGUGCAACGCUGAAUGCAGGCCAUGGCCCAGUUGUGACAGAGUAUGUCUGAACCAGGCUACUUGGCGAUCAAUCUCCAGAACUCCCCAAGCCGCAUGCUGUUUGAGCAUGCAUGUGGGCUGCAUGUUGUUGUUUUUCACUCAUGUGAGUUCAGUCUGCUACAUCUCCUGCAUGUUGCACAUUUGGGGCCGCACUCUACCGUGGUUUUGUUUGCCUGUCUUCACCGUUGGUCAGUACCAAAAGUGGUGAAAUGUUGGAUUCAACACUUGACCAUCGCGCGACGUGUUUCCUAUCGACACGUCGAACGGAGAACGAGCUUGACCUGUGCAGUAGGGCUAUACUCUAGGGAUAAGCCAGGUCUCGCUCGACAUAUGCAACAGGCUACGGAUCGGACUCGGGCAACACUUAGCCAGCAUUCCUUGGGGCUUCAUCAGCAUGGUCGUGGCCCGAAAAUGCAGUUCCCCUGAAGCGCGCAGGUUCUCGUCACAACUAGUAACCCUGAGUCGUUUGCAAAGGGCGCCGCUUGCCCAUCCUUGACAACCUGGCCGACGUGGAGGCUCGCAAUCCGGCGUCCGAGUCGUGGACUCGUGUUGCGAACAACUCUGUGUCCGACAGGUUUUGCGAGCCAGUAAGUCGAGCAAGAGGGUUCCCAGGACAGGAGGCGGCUGGCAAUAGCUACAGUGCUGCUGACUUUGACCAGGCAAAUAUAAUCUUGUAAAUUUGUAUACUCUCCUAGAGAGGCGGACGAACAGGAGGUUUGAUGUUCCGUUCAUGCCAGGCCCUCUCCCUUUUUUCAUCUCAAGAUACGAUAUUUGGCGUUCGAUAUGAGCUGAGGUCAUGUCGACAUACAUACGAUGGAAACUGGCUCGAAUAUUUUGUAAAUUUCUUCAGUCGCGUUCAGAUCUGAAAACACCUUUUGGUAACUACAACGUCGUAUGUGCUUCAGCUUUGUGCUUGAUCAUAUGACAUCAUCUGACCCGGUGGAUUUUGUGUGUAAAGUAAAUCCGCUUUGGUUGUUGCAUGUAACAUAGUAGAGGAGACACUUUGCACAAGAGUCUGAAAAAUCUUUCAGCACAUUUGCAUCCCAUCACUUGAGGAAGAGAAACGUGUAUUUUUGUGCACGAGGUGCUACGGCAGCCCGGCGGCGGGAGCUCACGAAAUAUAUUCAGACGGACCGAACAAUCAUUGUUGACACGCGCGUCUGCGGACGAAAACCUCUACACCUCUGGGCAUAUAUUUAUUUUGAGAUUGUGAUAUCGUCAUACCGUGAAACUCAAGUGUGGGAAUAUCGUCGAUCCCAGCUACUACAAGAAAAGAACAGCGAACCUUUUCGCGAUCGGAUCUCGCAAGACGAGAAGGCUGUGAAGGGAUUCCACGGUAGGCUUCCCGCGCCGUGUCAAAGGAGCCCGAGUCAUUGGCACCCCUGAUAACCAACCUAUAUCUGCUUCACGCUUCGCAGAGAGUCUACACUUUUCGUCCAUCAUGGCGACGCGCAAACCCGUGAUCCGAGUGGUUGGCUCACUAAACAUCGACUUCGUGACCCGGACGCCGCGAGUCCCCGGGCCCGGCGAAACACUCCAAGCAACCUCAAUGACAGUGCACGCCGGCGGCAAAGGCGCCAACCAAGCCGUGGCCUGCGGCAAAGCGGCAUUUAUUUCUUCCUCCCACCAAGACGUGACGGUCGAGAUGAUCGGAGCCGUGGGCCACGGCGACCCGUACUACGCGACCCUGCUGAAGCCGACGCUUGAGGCCGGCGGGGUGAGCACGACGGGCGUGGCCGAGAUCGAAGGCGUGCAAACGGGCACGGCGACCAUCAUUGUCGACGAGGGGUCGAAUGGUGAGAAUCGGAUCCUGGUGGUUCCGGGGGCGAAUCAUCGCGUGGUAACGGACGAUGGCAAUGAGCAACAAGCGCAAAACGGAAAACAGCUCGUGUUGUCUUCCAGUGACGAUAACGAUCCAGACGUGGUCGUCAUGCAAGGCGAGAUUCCUCGGUCGACGGUCCUGGCGCUGCUUCACCGCUUCAACAACAAUUCGGCGUCGUUAGGGCAGAGGAAGAGCAAAACCUGCGUCGUCUUCAACCCGGCCCCCGUGUUUCCGGACGGCAUCCCCAUCGAUGCCCUUCGCGGUUUGGCCGUGCUGGUCGUCAACGAGACGGAAUGUUUGUUACUGUUCAAGGUGGUCCAAGAACUCGCCGCGACAGUCGACGAUGUGCCUGCUUCUGAGCAGGAUCUGGAUGAGGCGCACCUCGACCGUUUGACAGGGAAACUGCAUGAUCUUGCGGCCAUCUCGGUCGUUGUCGUGACGCUCGGUUCCCGCGGCGUGUAUUACUCAUCCUCUACUACUGCUACUACUACUACCGCUACACAUGGAAGCCAAGAAACAAGGCAACAAGAGACACAAAGAGGUCUGGUCCCAGCAGUCAAAGUCCCCAAGGUCGUCGACACCACGGCCGCCGGAGACACGUUUGUCGGGUACCUGGCCACGGCGCUCGCUCGACAUGUUUCUGGUGGCUCCCCGAACGACAGUGGCAAUGACUUGGCCAGCUUUGAUGUGCAGUCGGCCGUGACACGGGCGAACCAGGCAGCUGCCAAAUGCGUUCAACGAGACGGGGCUAUGGAGAGUAUUCCAUUUGGAUACGAAUUAUAAAGCACUCUAUCCAUACUUCUUAGUUUCGACCUAGUCCUGGAGGCGGGUUGGAUUGUAUAUAUAGAUGAUAUGUCCAGUACAUGCGCCCGACAACAGAGCGGUUCUCUCAUUUUCUCUCCCUUUUUCUGGAGGUGGUUCCGCUUUUUCAAUCACAAUUUGCUAGGAACCCAAACCGGCUUCCUCUUCUGCGCAAAAGCAGCCAGUCCUUCCCUGGAGUUCUCGCCCUCCACCAAGGCCUUUUUAUACCGCUCCUCGACCAACUGGUACGCGCGCUCGACACUGGCCGUCUCCCACGUUUCGCGGAGUGCGGCGCGCGUGACUACAAUGGCAUCGGGACUGAUGUCGGCUACUUUUUUCGCUAGUUCCACAGCCUCGUCGACACACGACUCGCGGGAUUUCGAGAUCUUGUUGAUCAGCUGGUACUGGAGGGCCUCAGAGGCCGAGAGCGUGCGGCCGGACAUGCUGAUUUCCGAGGCCAGCGGGAGCCCGACGUUGCGCACGAGUCGGGGAAGGCCGCCGGCGCCGGCGUAGAUGCCGCGCAGGGUUUCGGGGAGGCCGAAUGUUGCCGUGGGAGAGGCGACUGUCAUGUCGCUGUAGACAAGAAGUAGUUGGUUAGAGAAUCCUGUUUGAUGGGGCCUGACUGUAGUGGGAAGAGAGGGUUGUGGAGUAGUGGUGGUGGUGAAAUGUAGCAAGACAUGAUCAUCUGAGAUCUUCAAAGCCCUCGAGCAGAUGGAAAGGAGGACAAUAGACUUGAGACAAGCGACAAUGCACUCCGCUCCACGAGCAGAGGGUGAGACCCCCUAUGGUGGGCACGUCUGUAGGGACAAGGGGCAUAAGAAUGAGCAGGCAGAACAACUCCGCGCCUAGCAGCCAAAAGAAGCACUGCACUGACGGAGCAGGGGCCAGACCAAUGCACGACAACUUGAAGGGAUAGAUAACACCCAGGGAAACCACCGACCAAGCAAAGUCAAUGCCAUCCAUGGUGACAUGAAAUCACGACGAGACGCAUCACUUAUAAGAAGAGUUAAUAUCAACUCACCAAUUCAAAACAAUUUCAAAGCCACCACCCAACGCAAACCCAUUAACCGCCGCAAUAAUCGGCUUCUUGCCGACUCUGCGACUGAUCCCACCAAACCCGGAGGUCGGAUGCCAUCCCAAGUACGGUUUCUCCUCAAGAACCUUGGGGUCGCGUUUCCCCAGCUCGAUCAAGUCCUGGCCGGCGCAAAAGGCCUUUGGUCCGGCGCCCGUGAUGACCGCCACGCGCAACGUGGGUUCCUUGUCGAACCAUUCAAAAACUCGAUGGAGGUGCCAGUGGAUAGGGUAGGGGAUGCUGUUCAUUUGUCUCGGGCGGUUGAUGGUCACUAGAAGCACGAACGGGGCUGGAUAGGACAGAAGGACCGAUGGGUCCGAGGGCGGCGGAGGGAUUUCGGGCUUGGUGGAAGACAUGGUGUUUGUUCUGCCGGUGCUUCGUGAAACUAUUGUAAACUGCCGGAAACUGGUAAUAAUAGUGCGGUCUGAUGCCGGGACGGUCAAUAUAUGGUGGUUGAUGAUGUAGACAACGGAG